GAUAUUCUACUAAGUUGCAUGCAAGGCAUGAUCGGGAGUAGUUCCUCGGCACUGCGCAUGGGGCUCAUCCUCUGGCACUACGAAUCGCUGAUGGAGGUUCGACGAUACGUAAACCGACGCUGCUUCGGCAGGAAUCUUGAACCUUCGCUGGGUAUUCGGAGUGCAGCGUUUUAUCACAUUCGAAAAAUUGUGAUUCCUUCGGUGGCAAUCAUUUUGAGUGUGGUCACAAGUAUCCUGGCCAUCGAUUUUUCCGAUCACCAUUACAUGAAGUCUCCAGUGGACAUCAAGCAAACACCGACGAUUUUCCAAAAAGCUUACAAAUUGAUUUUUUGUUUCACGCUGGUUGGGUUGGCACUUAUGACCGUUCUUGUGUUUUUGGUUUCCUACAUGGUUCUGACCGGACUGAUCGGUGAACUGAAAGUGAUCGCUCAGAUAUAUGCAAUCAUCUUUGAGGAAACCCAAAAGCGAGUUCAACGAACGCUCGAAUUGGAACCGGGAAACUCUCGACAGCAAGACUCGAUGCGAAAGCACUACUUCUGGAAGUUUGUCCAGGAAGAGUUUGGGGAGUGCAUUUCGUUGCAUGCCGACUUUCUGACAAUUAAAAAUAAGAUUCGACCAUUUUUGAACGCAACUUUUCUCACCGUUUACUUUUCAACAGUCUUAAGCUUGGCCUGUGGAGCCGUUUACGUUACGCACAUGAAAACCGUCACGCUGUUCUCGCUGGAAUCUCUGUACUACUGUCUUUGGGUUGCCAUCGAAUGUGCCUUUUUAACUAGAACGGUGAGCCUGUUGACUGAGGCGAACGAAUCCAUCGGCUGGGAAGUGUACGACCUGGACUGGCACGAGAAGCUCGAAUGGGAAGAGCAGUUCCAGGAGGAGUACCGCUCCGUCCGAGUGACGAUGCUGAACGUGAUGGCCGUGGCGCAGCAACCCUUGCGUUUGAACUGCUUUGGCUUCUUCGAGUUCACCCAGGAUCGGUUCUACGAGCUACUCAACGUGGCCUACUCGAUGUAUACCUUUUUGCGUAACUUUGUUUAAGGGCAGAAAUGUUUGAUGUUUGAAUAUUAGUUUGUUAAAUUUUAAGGAUAGUUUUGAAUUGGAUUCACAAAUUGCAGGAAUAAUGAUACAGUCAUGCUUCGGAUUAGCACCGCAUAUAAAAAAAAGCCAAGCCCGUUGGCUCAACUUGCUUAAAAUGCA